AUGAAUUAAAUUCAUUAAGAGAUUAUUGCAAUUCCUACUAAAAUAUUUAAGAAUGCAUAAUGGAUUUCAAAAUCUUUGAGUGUAAAUAAAAGAAAAAGUCCAAAUUAUCCAUGUAAAAGAUGGGGACAUACAGCAGUAUUACACGAUAAAUAUAUGUAUGUAUUCAGUGGUUGUGGGAAAUCUGAUAAUCCUAGAUAGUGGGAAUAAAUAUAUAGAAUGGAUUGUAUAACAUUUUAGUGGGAAAGAUUGAAUUCACCAUCAUAAAAACAUCCUACAGGUAGAGAUUCUCAUUGUUGUGUAUGUUUGUAAAAUAAGCUAUAUUUUUUUGGUGGAUCUAGUAAUGAAUUAAUAUUGGGUGAUUUUUGGAGUUUUGACAUUGAAACUUCUGAAUGGACUUAAAUAUAGGUGCCAAAAGAUAUGGAAGGUAGGGAAGGACAUUCAAUGGUAGCUUUGUCUUAAAGAUUAAUAUAUAUUUAUGGAGGAUGGGAUUAAGUAUAAAAUAUAAUGACAGAAUCACAUUGGUUAUAUGAUAUAAAAACAAAUAAAUUUUAAUAAGUGACACAUUUUACUGGGGAUGAGAUGAUAAAAUUAGAAAGUCAUACUGCUAAUAAGAUAGGGGAUAGUGUUUAUAUUUUUGGAGGGUAAGGAUAAUAAUCGAAUAAAUAAUUAGUAUUUCAUAAGGAUUUAUACAAAUUAGAUUUUGAAAAUAUAAAUGAAUUACAUUCUAAAUUUGAUCAAUUGGAAUAAGGAGAAGAUCAAACUGAGAGUAUAGAAAAUAAUACAGUAAUAAGGAUAGAAAAAAUAAAGGCAAAUGGAUCUUAAUAGCCUACUCCGAGAGCUUCGCAUUCUGCAGUUGCUUAUGGAGAUAGAUUCUUAUUUAUAAUAGGGGGAGAAGGGUAUAAAUAUAUAAAUAAUAUACAAGAUAUCAAUAUGAUCAAUAAAAGGAUAAUGAGGAGGAAGUAAUUGAGUAAGAUUAAGAGGAUAAUUAGAAUAUUGAUGAGGAAGAGAAACCAAUAUUUCCAAAAAAUGAUAUUUGGAUAUUUGAAACAGUUAUGAGAGUAUAUAAAUAGAUUAAAUAUUUAGACAUGGAGUAAAUUAUAACCUAAAUCAAAAACACCAGUAUUCUAACCUAGAUUUUCACAUAGUUGUAUUGUUUAUAAGGAUUAAUUUAUAAUUUUUGGAGGAUUGAGAAGUAUGGGGGAAGUAUUGGAAGAUAUUAUGGUAUUACAUCUUAAAGAUAGUGAAAAUAAUAUACAAAAAUAUGCAAGAGAUGAAAUGAAAAAUGUAUGCAAAUAUUGUCAAUUAAUUUAUGGUAUUCAAUAAGAAGAAGAAAUAUCAUAUCAUAAAACUAAUGAAAAUAAUGCAAUCAAAUUGCCAAAAUUAUCAUUAACUUUUGUUGACGAGUACUAUCUUUUCUUUAAUAUUAUAUAGAAUUUCUAAACUUAUUUAGUGUCCUAUGUCUUGUUUUGGUCUAUUCUUGGAUAAUGUCAAAUUUGCAGAAGCUUCUGAAAUCAGUUUUGAAUAUGUAUUCUUAUAAAGGAAAAAGAAAUAUUAAAAUACUAUUGAUGAAAUUAGAGAUAGAAUACCUGUUUUAAUUCUUUUUGAGAAAGAUCCUAAAGAAUUGGAAGAUUUGAAUGAUUUCCUUUUUAAUUUUGACAUUUCAAAAAGAAAGAAUUAAUUAGGUAAAUAAGAGAUUGAUUUUAAAAAUGAAAGUGAGGAAAAUUAACUUUUAGAAGAGUAACAAUUAUUGAAUAAGAAAUAAUAUGCUUUAAACUUUAAAAUUGCAUCUCUAAGAUUAGGAGAUAGUGUUUUAAUUUGUCAUAAAUCUUUGAAUAAUUAUUAUGUUGGAUUAAUAUCAAUGAAUAAUUAAUUAAAUCCUAAUGAUGAAACUUUAACUUUCUAUAAUUAUACAAUUACAAUAACGAAUGGUAUUGAAAGAAAAGUGGACUCUCCAGAAAGCAAGUAUGUAUUAUUAAAUGCUAUUACUCAUUUAAUAAAUGAAGAAGACUUCAUUUUGAAUUGCAAUUAUAAUUACACAAAAAUAUUCAUAUUUGAUUUGGUUAGGAUACAUGCCUUAUAAAAAAUAUUCGAGCUUAGUUUAAUAAAUGAUGAUAUAAUUUCAAAUCAAUCUUUAGCAUAUGGUUUAAAAAAAGAUGAUGCUAUUAAAUAUCCAGAUUUCUCUUUGAAAGAAUAUCUCAAAUAUUAUUCAUUAGAGCCUUUACAAUUUAAAAUUUAUGUUUAGAAUCAAUUAAUUAAUACAAAUCUUAAUGUAUUAAGUAGAAUUGAUAAUAAAAAUAAAGUUUGUGUGACAAAUGAAAAAAUUGUUAAUAAAUUGAGUGAAUGGACAGAAUCAUAUUAAUUAAGUAUACUUCCAUAAAAUAACUUUGGAAUUCUUCUGUAUUAUUAAGGAAGGUUAAUCAAUAGAUAUAAGAAAUAAUUAGGAGUCUAUCCAGGUAACAUAGAAUAAAGUGGAUACAUUAACAUUUAAAAAAUAGUUAAGCCAAAUAUAACAUUUGAAGUAAAUAUUUAAAUAAAUCUAAGGGAUUUAAAAAUUCAUACUUAGGAUGUAUUUUACUAUAAACUUUGGAAGCAUUAGAAGAAGAGUGUGAACCAGAGAGAAGAAAAGAAAUAAAAAUUUGA